AAGAGCUAAACCUCUCAAAUUGCAAAGGACUCUCAUCUUCUUCACCUAGAGAGAAUCUAGGGUUCCAGAUUUACUCUGAAACUUGAUCUUCUUCUUGCCAUCGAUAUACACAUCCUAGAUCUUUCAUAACCCAUCAAUCUCUCUGUACAUUUCAAAGGUACAGAGACAAACAAAAAAACCUACCUUUAUUCCAGCUUAGCAUUAGCCCUAGCUCCCAUGGCGAAAACUCGACCUGGUGUCCCCUCAAAAAUCAAAACUGGGAGGAAGGAGCUCGACACGUAUACCAUCAAAGGCACCAACAAAGUUGUGAGAGCUGGAGAUUAUGUGUUGAUGCGUCCCUCUGAUGCUGGCAAGCCACCGUACGUGGCCCGUGUUGAGAAGAUCGAAGCGGAUGCCAGGAACAAUGUGAAGGUGCACUGUCGGUGGUAUUACCGCCCUGAGGAGUCUCUUGGUGGUAGGAGACAGUUCCAUGGAGCUAAAGAGCUUUUCUUGUCUGACCAUUUCGACGUUCAAAGCGCACACACCAUUGAGGGGAAAUGCAUCGUUCACACCUUCAAAAGCUACACUAGGCUUGAAAACGUUGGGGCGGAGGAUUAUUAUUGUAGGUUCGAGUACAAGGCUGCUACUGGCGCGUUCACCCCUGACCGUGUUGCUGUGUACUGCAAAUGUGAAAUGCCUUAUAAUCCAGACGAUCUCAUGGUGCAAUGUGACGGCUGCAAAGACUGGUAUCAUCCUGCAUGUGUUGGCAUGACGACAGAAGAAGCAAAGCUGCUUGAUCACUUCGCAUGUGCUGAAUGCAGUUCUGAUGACGAUGUCAAGAAAUCACAGAACGGGUUUACUGCAUCUCCAGCUGAUGAUGUCAAGGUGGAAGCAAAGCGCAGGAAAAGAUAAUCGCUAGGUUUUCAUGGGGUGAAAGCGACAGGGUAUGGCAAGUUAUAUAACUUGGAAGCUCCUUGGUGCAUAUUUUUAGUUAAGUUAGGAUUAUCUUGUGUGUGUCGUCGUGGUUGUGAUGUGCGUUCCAAAACUAAGACAAAUGAGAAAAAGUGGAGAGAUGAUGAGUUGUAUAGACUUUUUCCGUGGGGUCUCAAGUUUACUUUAGGUAUGUUUAUUGUGGUCUGUUGUUUUGUGUCUGAUGAGAACAGAAGAACAUGUUAGCAUAUUUUGAAACAUAUUGUCUUUGGAUCUCCU